GUAUUGCAGGAAACCAGCAGAGCCUGGUCUUCAGUCUGUCUUUGUAAGAAAGAGAAAGCCAGCAUUUGAAUGUCUAGGCAGUAAAGUGUCUGUUUCUUUCGUUUAGCACAGGUAAGCGUUCAUACAGAUGAUCUGACAGGAAAAGAGACUUCCUUAUGAGUAAGACUGUUGUCAAGAUUAUUCAAAUACCCACUGCUCUCGCUCGAGGACCUGGUUUCACAGUUCCUUGGAGGAACAGCGUUUUUAUGCAUCGAAGACAUGAAGGACCUUUCUAACUGACACAUCCAUGUCAUGUGGACAUUAUCUGAGCUGUGAACCCCACCAUGGAAGAAGCAUUCGGUGGUGUGUCCUCAGUCGUGGAGUCUAGUCUCUACCACAAUGUCCAUUCAAUCCUCCGAGAGCUGGAUUGUGAACCUCAGGCUGGAUCAGCCAGCAAUAAAGGCAUGUUGAGAUGGACUCUGCAUAACCGGGUGGACAGAAAUCCAUCUGUCAGUGUCCCUCUUUUGAGGGUUCUCAUAAAAGAGCUUGAAAAGGCGGAGAGAAUCGAUUCCAAGAUUCGCAUUAUUCCUUUACUUCACACACUUGUCUACACAGUCCUACAGUCUGUAUUUAUUCCGGAAGAUCUUUAUCGAAGGAUGUAUUUUUGCUUGAAAGGUUUAGUUACGUUACCUGUACCCUAUAGUGCAAUCGCUCUCUACUAUGCAAAGCAAAUGAAAAUGGAACAAAAUGCACCAGGAAUACUGUAUCAGAGGAGAGUCAGUGCCGAACACAAUCUAUGCAGUGAUCUUUAUCCAUUCCAUGAGAAGGUGUUUGUGUUUGUGGAUCCCGCUGUGUUUCCUCCGUCUCUGGUGAAUGCGCUCAAGGCUGACGUGGAGUGCACAGACCCUGGUAGAGACCCGCUGAUCUUCAAACGCAGAGUUUUACUGCACACACUGCUAGCUGGAUCUGGAAAAAAGUGCCAGGUUGACCAGCUCGCACAGUCCCUAGAGCAUUUAGGUGAAGAGCUGGAGCUGCACUUCCAGGAUCUCGUCACCAUCCUGGAGCAGAGAACAGAAGAUGCAGCUUCUGACGAUAUCCAGUACAAAACAAGAUUGCAAGAGAUCUACCAAGACAUCCUGACUGCUCCAAAAGAUCGGUCGCGUCCAGCCUCGCCAGCAGAGACUCAGCUGCCCAGUCCUGAGGUCAGCUUCCACGUCUGGAACAAAGAGGAUGACAUAUGGAAUGAGCUGGUUAACUUUGCACUGAUGGUUCCUGCGGACCGAAACUCUGCUUGUCUGGAGGAGAAUGACCUGAAGCGUAGCUCGGUCUUGUCCACCGUGUCCACAGACAGUGGCAUAGAGGGAGACAUGCCCAUCAGUGAGCUCUCCUCCAUAAUGCUGGAGUCUCAGGGCAGCUCAGAGGAGCACAGCAGCUCUCAGUCCUUCUACAGGAGGCCGUGUGUGCGAUGUCCCAAAGCUGGCAACAGAUUGACACUCAUGAUGGAGGCCAUUAGGGGAAAUGGAGGAUGCAGUCUUACUAAAGAGGAAAAGAACCUCACGGCUCGGAUCCUUGUAAUGGGUGACGACAGAACGCUAGGACGGCUCGCCAAGACUCUCCACACUAUAAGGAAAAGGGAGGCACGACAUCUGCUGCUGACAAAGAGAGUUAAUAUAGAGAUUUAUUACAUUCCAGUGACUGACCAGACACUUUCUCCUGUUCAGGAGGGUGCUCCUGAAGACAUGCUGACAUUGGCAGGAUAUUUGGGAAGGGUGGAUCCGUGGUAUGACUGUAAUAUCAACGGUUUGGGAGCCAUGAUUCUAAAACUUGCCCAGAUGAAGUCAACUCAGAGUGAAUCUUCAGACCCCAACACCUUUCUGCUAGAUAUCAUCUCGUACUACACGCGUGUCAGCCAGCAUCCGGUGCACCUACCCAUCUACUCUGUCAAGAUCUGCUUCUCAGGCCUCAGCAGCAGCACAGUGGAGGAGGUGUUUGUGGCUCAACUCGCCGUGGACUUUCCCGAGGUCAAACGCUGCAGAGCCACAUUUAAAGACACAAUUAAAGGUUCAGUGCGUUACAAAAAAUACAACCCCCAAGAAUUUUAUGGUGCAGUCGUGUCAGUUAAUUAUACAAAGGCCUCGAUAAGUGACAGAGAAAAGGAGAUGGGAAUGUCUUUGCAGAUAAGUGGCAUGUUGAUCAACGUCUUGCCUUCCUGCAGAGUCAGAAGUCUACAUAGUGUCAGCAUAAGUUUCCAAGAUAUCAAUCCCUCAAGACCCAGCAAAAAUUCAUUUCGAGCUGUUAGCGCCAGUGUCAGAGUUCUGGAGGAGCAGACAUUCACAGUAUGUUUGGAUAAAGACCCACGUAAAACAUACCAGAAGGUCCAGAGCAUUGAAGUGUCUCCAUGCUUGGACCCGGGAUACUCUCAUCAGCCGAGUACAAAAUCAAAGUAUAGUUUGGGAGAGCGAAGUGAACCACUGGGCAAAUAUGUCAACAAGACCCUCACGCUACCGAUCAACACCUUCUGUGGCAUUGAGCAAUGACUAUACACCUCGGACUCAUGAUAUAAGAGCUCAAGUCAUGAGACAAUCUGAAACCUUAUACCUCUCAGAGGCUUUAAGUGUGUGCAUUUCCUCUUUUCAUCUUUUCUCUGUUGCCUAAAAUACAUGUAACCUCAAGAGGGCUAUGACUUCCUGCUGAACUGUGAACAGAGAUGAUGUUUCGUAGAGCGUUUCAAUGUGUUGAAAUGUCUGUGAAGUGACCUCGAUCUAUGUAAAAUGUCCUGCUGUCUGCGUUUUAAAAUGUUACGUUUACACUACUUUUUAUGUAUAUAUAUACUUUCAUGACAGUGUUUGUAUGAUACUCGGAUGUGUAAUUGAACACUUUGGAAGCACUUAGACUUUCAUUUGACACUUGCCAUUACCUAAAAGAAACGCAUUGAAGAUAAAGGCUGCAUCCAAAAUCGCAUACUCUCUGAGUAGGCACAUCUUUUGAAUAAGUAAUUACUUCACGACUGUUAAAAAAGUAUGAAUGUAAUCUGGACAUAUGCCAUGUUAUCACUGUCAUGUGAUCUAUCAUUUGCAUCCCGUGGCUUCAUGGGAUAGCAAAUUUUGUCCAUCUUAUGUUCGCUUCAGAAUCAUUUUCACCUUUAUGAAUACUAUUAAUUUGGACAUACUUCUCUUUUCACACACUGUUUUUCUUCUAAUGUGUUAAUAGGGAAGUAUGCCAUUUUUGGAUGCAGCGUUUGUUGUAGGCAUUUUGAAUAAGAAUAGCAUGGUGCCCUAGUUUUUCUGUAGUAGCCUAUAGACACUGUGUGCAAUAUGUAGGUAUGGAAACCUGUUACAUCUGCCGAAAUGUGCUGUGGGACUUUUGGGAUAUUGUAUUUUACAGUGCAGU